CAAAAGAUCCAACGGCUAAGAAAAAUUUACAUCCAAUAAGAUGUGAGACGAACAACAAUCCAUCAUCCACAGAAAAAAUUAGACAUCCCUAAUUUGACCGAUUUGUUAUUUGCCUCUGACCUCCUCCUCCACCAGCUCUUGUGUCUUUCCUUUCCCUGAAGAUCAGAUUGGCUAGGGUUUUAUCCCUUUCCUAAAAUCAAAAUUCUCGAUUCUAGCCAAUUUGUGCGAGAAUAGAAAAGUUUCGUCCUUUUGUGAUGCCUUGGGGUGAGAUAUGAUCCUCUCCGUCUCUGGUGAUUACUACUGGUUUCUAUAUCAUCCUUAAACAAGAAUGUUACCCGUGAGAGAAGGUCUUCAGAAACAGGUUAAGAUUCUUAUUGGAUUAGGGUUUGGGGGUUACCGGGGUUUCCACUCUAGAUUCGCUCACCCUAACAGGUUUCUCGAGCCCGCGAGCUCCGAUUUGCUUCUGAGCAACGAAAGGAGGAACCUUUCUGUCCUCGGUGCUCUCUCUCGAACUUUCUCCGUUCCUUCAGUGUCCGGUCCGGCGUUUCAGGUCUGUGGUUAUCACAUUGAUCUCUUGCUCUCGGACGCGAGUUUGAGAUCGGUGGGUGAAUCAAUGGCGAGUCUUGGUGGUUCAAAGUCCUUGUUUUUAGAUCGCCGUUUUGAUCCUUCCGUUUCUGGUGUGAUGGUGUGUGGAGAUGGUCGUAGCCGUGGAAGGAUCAGUAUGAGACUCAGAGGAAGAGAUCACGGGGAUAAUAACUCUACGGUCUACGGCUACUUUGCUUAUCGAGCUGCUAAGAAAUGGAUUGCUUUCAAUCCUAAAACUGGAGGGUUAGGGUUUAGAGGCUUACACAGCUCACUGUUGAGCCGCUUUUCAGUUGGGAAUGCGCCUGAUGUCUCGUUUGAUAGCUCUCCCGCCGAGGAGCUGGCUAAAGGCUCUUCGGAUUCUGUAGCGGAUAAGCUUUGUGUUAAGCCGUUGAAGCUUGUCUCCGGGUCUUGCUACCUACCUCAUCCUGAUAAAGAGGCGACGGGAGGAGAGGAUGCUCACUUUAUCUGCGCAGAGGAGCAAGCUUUGGGUGUUGCAGAUGGUGUGGGAGGUUGGGCAGAGCUUGGCAUCGAUGCGGGUUACUACUCUCGUGAGCUUAUGUCUAACUCUGUGAACGCAAUCCAUGACGAGCCUAAAGGAUCGAUCGAUCCUGCCAGAGUAUUGGAGAAGGCUCAUACUAGUACAAAGUCACAAGGGUCUUCAACGGCUUGCAUCAUAGCGUUGACGGACCAGGGACUUAACGCGAUCAACCUAGGGGACAGCGGGUUCAUGGUGGUCCGUGAAGGGCAUACCGUUUUCCGCUCUCCCGUUCAACAGCAUGACUUCAACUUCACGUAUCAGCUGGAGAGUGGGAGCAACGGCGAUUUGCCAAGCUCAGGUCAGAUGUUCACGGUCGCUGUAGCUCCCGGAGACGUGAUAAUAGCUGGAACAGACGGAUUAUUCGACAAUUUGUACAACAACGAGAUCACAGCGAUAGUGGUUCAAGCGGUGAGAGCUGGAACAGAUCCUCAGGUGACAGCACAGAAGAUUGCAGCUUUGGCGAGGCAAAGAGCACAGGACAAGAACAGACAGACUCCAUUCUCUACAGCAGCGCAAGAUGCUGGGUUCAGAUACUAUGGAGGUAAGCUUGAUGAUAUUACAGUUGUAGUCUCUUAUGUGGCGGCUUCGAAGGAAGAAGGGAGAACAUUGAAAUGAAGAUACAAAUACAGAUGUUGUGUGAUGUGUUGAGUUUCUUAAGGUUUGUGUUUUGCAGAGAGACCUCUCUUGUUUUUGUUUGGUGGCUUGUGAGCAAGCCGGAUCAACUGAUUAUAUUUGAUUUUUUUGAUAUAUGUGUUGUAUAUGUAAAUAAAAGGAGAAAGAGAACUUGUGUUAA